GCUUCGUCUGGAGCUGACCGAGAACUACACGGGCCUUUCCUCGACCAUGGUACGGUUUUUGCUGCUGCCCUUUGGACCAACAUGACGAUGGAGAGGGGGGAAUUUGCUGCCUCAACGCUCUGAUCACCGCCGGCUUUCUGCUUCUCUGGUCGUGGCUUCCCCCUCAUUUCUGCCCGGGCUAGCAAGCUGUCCUCAGAGAGCUCCUCUCUGCCGCCGUGGACUUUUGACAGCAGCUCCUCGGCGCAACCUUCCCUCGUCGAUGCCUUCAAACGCGCUUGCCGACUGAUUCUGCCGCCUCGUGGCACCUUGUGGGAGCUGUCGUUGAGGCUCCAUCCGCUCCUUCUCCCCCAUUGUACGUAAAUAGUUAAUCGACGUUUCGGUAAAUUGGAGACUUGGCUUGCCUACCUGCUCUUGCUCUUGCUGCGUUGUCUUUGAGCUCCUGCUGCUGGCAUUCCUCGCACUGUCUCCAUCAAAAACCUCAGCAAUAAAGCAGGCACAGCUGCCUUGUUGCUUCUCACCUAGGCAACAACCCGCGCCCAGUCACCUCCCAGCUCCGUGCGUCCCUCGAUCCUGCGGAGGAUGUCGUCUCUGUGAGCCCAAGUAGGACAAGGAAGGACGGACAACCGCACACCCCUCCCGUCAUAAUGGCAUCUACCCCCUCGAAUCGCCAUCUCAAGCUGGCGCCCUCCAACACUCCUGUCACCUCACCCAACUCCAGGCUCCCCGGCCGCGGAAAGACCCAAGAGCCGAGCUUGUUCUUGAAGAGGGUCAUCGGUACCACCUGCAGCUCGCCCACCGGUUUUGACUCGGUCAACCGCUGCUUCUGCUAUAUCGCUGGAGGUGCCGUUGUCGUCGCCGACUUGGACGGCAGCAACUACACCCAACGUUUCUAUCGCGCUCGUCCUACAGCAGUGCCUGUGUUCAGCGUCGCCCCUGUCCAGCAUGGCUCUUCCGGUCCUUACACCACCCCUAAGGCGAACGACGCAAGGAACAGGGUAGCAGCCGCUCCACGGGAUCCCAACUACUCGUCACCGUCAGACCGGGGCGACUCGCCGGCGUCCAAGACGUGGACCAGUCGCGAACGCAUCAAAGCCGCCACAUGCGUGUCUCUCAGUAGAGAUGGCAGGUUCCUCGCGGUUGGCGAGACUGGCUACUCUCCGAGAGUUCUCAUCUUCACCCUGAAAGAGGGCUCAUCUUCUGAUCAACCUUUGGUCUCGAUCACCGAACACGCUUUCGGUGUGCGAGCAGUCGCAUGGUCUCCGGAUGGGAGAUUCCUCGCCUCCCUCGGCGAUCCUAACGAUGGAUUCCUGUUUAUCUGGAAAAUUGACCCGAGGACUGGGUCUGCCAGAUUGUUCCAACAAAAUCGGUGCACUGCCCAGGUCAAUGGAAUGAUAUGGCUGGGCAACACCUUGAUCUCCUUUGGUACUCGACAUGUCAAGGCGUGGAAGGUGGUUGAUGAAGGACAGCGGCCACCUUCGCCGCCGAAGAGGAGCCUGACGCCACAAGAGGCCCAAAAGACUUUGGCUGGCAGAAACGUCUUGCUUGGCUCUCUGUUGGAGACGACCUUCACAUGCGCAGUGCCUUUCGAUGAGACUCACGCAGUCAUCUGCUCCGAUGCUGGCGACAUAUGCAUUCUGGACGACAGCAGUGGCCAGAUCAAGCUCACACGUGCAGCUGAGACAGGAUUUCCUGCCACCUGCUGCACAAUCCGUGGCUCGGUCGCACUGCUAGGAGGCAAGGAUGGCCAGUUUGUCACCCUUGAUGUCAACACGCUUAAUACUGAGGCUGCGUCGACCUCUGAACCCCAGAUUGCAAAGGGACAAUCAGGACUAUGUGGGUUCGCUGUCAUGGGUGUCGUUCAAGAUCAGCUUGUGACGAUAGACUCGGCGCGGUCCAUUGAGAUUUGGGAGGCAGACCAACUGCCUAACAAGUCUGCCCAGGGGUCGACACCAAUCAGACUAGCUGGGCAAAGUGACCCCGUGCUCGGUGUCCAACCGCUCACCGCAUCCGACGAGAUGGACCUUGCAUUCUUCACGUGGUCCAAAUCCGGAAAAGUGCUUCUUUGGGACCUGGACGGCAUCGUCCAGCACAGUUUUGACAUUCCCGUAGGUGAGUGUCAUCUGGGCAACGAUGUAGACCCACAGAACCAGCUGUGCGUGGUGCGAGCAGACGCCAGCGGCCACGUCUUUGCUUCCGGGGACAGGGCGGGUGUUUUUCGAGUAUUCGACCGCUCAACAGGACAGCAACUCAUGGAAACCAAGGCUCAUUCAUCCGAAAUAACACACGUCUCUUUCCAAAGCAAUGCCUCGAGGACUAUCGUCGCGACGUGUGGAAGGGAUCGCACUGUCCAAUUAUUCCACCGGCUUUCAGACGGGUCUUUCGACCUCUUGCAAACACUGGAGUUCCCUGCCCGGGUGACUCAUCUGAUAUUGUCUUCAGAUGACAAAGUGAUCACUUGCUCUAUGGAUCGCAACAUCCAGGUAUAUGAGUUGGUCACCAAGCAGGGUGAUGCCAGCUCAUUGGCUGCAAUCUACUCUCGGUCGAUCUCGCUCAAGGCAUCUCCGGUCUCCAUGGUCCUGGACUCUGAUUGCAAAUCGAUCUUUGUAUCGAGUUUGGACCGAUCCAUCUGUCGCUUCGACCUAGAGAGUGGCAGGCAAACAAAUGUGUUCAAGUGCACAGAUGAAAAUGGCACCGAAAACGCGGUGGUCGAUUCGCUCAAUUUCGGCCCUCCCAAGCGCGACGAGACCCCAACUUUGAUUGGAAUUUCAAACACAGACAAAUCCGUCAGAGUAUACGAUUCUCAGAGUGGGGCCUUCAUGGACCGUGAAUGGGGUCAUACGGAAUCGAUCAAUGGCGUCACGUUGGUGGACAGCGGUGAGGCCACCCGCAAAGUCGUCAGUGUAGGAUGUGAUGGUACAAUCAUGAUCUGGACUUUGGACUUGAGAGACCCUGAAAUUCGGGCGAUGAGUAGGUCUCCUUCGCCUGUCAGCGGUUCCAGCCGGCCAGUCCUACGACGUGUUUUAUCAAAGGCUGAACUCGCCGAGUUCCCGCGCCCAUCGUCCUCGGGCGGACGGCGAUCGCCGCCAACAAGAACCCUUCGACAGCGCAAGUCGAGGCAAAAUAUAUCAUCAUCCUCAGUCAAGACACCCACCACCUCGCAAUUUCCCCACACCAGUCCAUCCCGCUCUCGGACAAGCGAGUAUCCCACUCGCCGACCUUCAUCCAGUAAAUCUGGCGGUCCACCUUCCCCAGACAGCCCGGCAACGUCGCGACUGAACCGAAGACCAUCCCUUCCCGCUCUCGGCGCCACGCAAAACCAGCCAACAGCACGGAAGAAGUCCAGCGCGCUCAGCCUGCGGUCGUCUUACGGUGCCGGAUCUCUGCAGACGGCGACAGAGCAGACGUGCCGACAGCUCCGCACAUACCGCGGCAAGCUCUCAUCCGCGGAACCCAUCUCGUCUGAGGCCAUAGCGGAACUGGAGAACGAGCUGCGCCUAACGACUGCUGCCCUAGGUGAAAGGAUCAGUAGGGACAGCCAGGCUGCCAGCGCGUCUGCGCUGAGCGGGCUGCUCGACCAGUACAGCGAGAGGCUGGUCAGCAUGCUCGACGAGCGGCUGCGGCUGAGGCUCUCAGAGGCCCAGUUCAAUGGCAGCUGGGGAGGCAGGAGCGGGGAGACCAGCCCAACCCUCCUCACACCAUCUAGGACCUUCGGGGUUGAGCGCGUGCGGCCGAGGACGGCUGGCGAGGGGACGAGAAAGACCUCUGGCUGAGGAACCCAACCAAUUCUGGUAAUGUUUUCAAUAUGUAACUAUUUUCCUUUGUCUCGAUAUGCAUAGGUUUGGCGAAAAGUUCGGGCAAGGCGUCUCGGUCAUGGUCGGUCUAGUUCUCAACUACCAACCCGUGGCGGUUUAUCUCUUCUUUUUUUUUGGGGGGUUGGGGGGUGGGGGCAUAUCUUCAUCUCUACCAGUGAGAUGAGUUAUUGGUGUGGUCGAACCAAUCAGCUUUACAGCCCCGGCGUGGGUCCAGCAUCCGCAGAAUUCAUAUGUUUGAGAGAGAAAGGGAAAGAUAAAUCGGUGGAUUUUUGAUGCGCAGGAGAAACCUGGUAUUUACCCUGGGGAAAGGCAUAGAGGAGGUCUCAGUGGCUUAGGCAAACCCACUGCCAAAUAGGCGGACGCAUGGAUUCAAUGUUAUCACAUGUGCAAUACCCAAGCAACUAUCAAAUUACAGCCAGCAGAACAUGAGGAUAGCCGAUUUGUGCCACAAGAGGCGUCGUUCGAAGAUGAUAUCUACCGUCAAAUAUGCUAGAUUUGCACACGAGAGCAUAUCAGGGAGUACUUGCAGUGAAACAGUCUGUCUGCAGAGCCUGGCUAGCAGGGACGAUCUGUCCGGUUGUUAGAAUUUCCAAAACGUAUCUGUCGCCAGUGA